AUGGUCAAAGCUGUCGUUCUCGGUGCCUCUGGCGGCAUCGGCCAGCCAUUGUCUCUUCUCUGCAAGAUCUCUCCCGUCAUCGAUGAGCUCGCACUGUUCGAUGUCGUCAACACCCCCGGUGUCGCAGCCGACCUGUCACACAUCUCCUCUGUCGCUACCAUUGGCGGCUACGUCGCAGCUCCAGGUGACUUCAAGGGAGAAAAACCAGAGACGGAAGAAGCAAAAAAGAAGGCUUUGACUGGUGCAGACAUUGUCAUCAUUCCCGCCGGUGUCCCUCGCAAGCCUGGCAUGACUCGGGACGACCUGUUCAAGAUCAACGCAGGAAUCGUCAAGGGCCUCAUCGAAGCUUGUGCCAAAUACUGUCCCAAGGCAUACAUCUGUGUCAUCUCAAACCCUGUCAACUCCACCGUCCCCAUUGCCGCUGAGGUUCUGAAGGCAGCUGGUGUUUUCGACCCUAAACGGCUGUUUGGUGUCACCACUCUGGACGUCGUCCGUGCUCAGACCUUCGUGGGAGAGAUCAUUGGCGAGAAAGACCCGAGAAAGUUGACCAUUCCUGUGAUCGGAGGCCACUCUGGUAACACCAUUGUACCGCUAUUCAGCCAAGCGAAGCCUCCCGUCAACAUCCCCUCGGACAAACUGGAUGCUUUGGUGCACCGUGUCCAGUUUGGUGGUGACGAGGUUGUCAAGGCCAAGGACGGUGCUGGUUCCGCCACUCUGUCCAUGGCAUAUGCCGGUUUCAGAUUCGCCGAAGCCCUGAUCAAGGCAUCCAAGGGUGAAAAGGGCAUCGUUGAGCCAACAUUCGUCUAUCUCCCUGGUGUCCCUGGCGGUGAGGCUAUUGCCAAGGCAACUGGCUGUGACUUUUUCUCCGUUCCUGUUGAACUCGGGCCCAACGGCGCGGAGAAAGCCAUCAACAUCCUCGAAAGCGCCAAUGACUACGAAAAGAAGCACCUCGAAGAAGCGAUCAAGGGCCUCAAGACCAACAUCGAGACCGGUAUCAGCUUCGUGAAGAACCCUCCCAAGUAG